CCCUGGAACUUACAUAAAGGGCCAAGUGAAGCCCAAGAGGUCACAGUGCUAUCUGUGCAGGGCUCGGAGCACCGGGCGAUCAAGACAUCAUGAGUUGGUCCUUACAUUCCAGGAGUUUAAUCCUCUGCCUCGCCAUCUUUUCAUUGCUGUCUACAACAGGCCUGGCAUACGUCGCUACCAGAGACAACUGCUGUAUUUUGGAUGAAAGAUUUGGCAGUUACUGUCCAACCACCUGCGGCAUUGCAGAUUUUCUGUCUACUUACCAAAUCGAGGUGGACAAAGACCUCCAGACAUUAGAAGACCUCUUAAAUGGAGCUGAAAACAGAACAACAGAAGCCAAAGAACUGAUCAAAGCCAUCCAACUCAGCUACAAUCCCGAUGAACCAGCAAAGCCAAAUACGAUAGAGAGUGCGACUCAGAAUUCCAAAAAGAUAUUAGAAGAAAUUAUGAAAUAUGAAGCACUGAUAUUAACACAUGACUCGAGUAUUCAAUUUUUGCAGGACAUAUAUAAUUCAAAUAAUCAAAAGAUCAAUAACCUGAAACAGAAGGUAGUUCAACUUGAACAACAGUGUCAAGAACCUUGCAAGGACACAGUACAAAUCCGUGAUACAACUGGAAAAGAUUGUCAAGAUAUUGCCAAUAAGGGAGCCAAAGAGAGUGGCCUUUACUUUAUCAAACCUUUGAAAGCUAAGCAGCAGUUCUUAGUCUACUGUGAAAUUGAUGGAUCUGGAAACGGAUGGACUGUGCUGCAGAAGAGGGUUGAUGGCAGUUUGGAUUUCAAGAAAAACUGGGUUCAGUAUAAAGAAGGAUUCGGACAUCUGUCUCCCACCGACACCACGGAGUUUUGGCUGGGAAAUGAGAAGAUUCACUUGAUAAGCACGCAGUCUGCAAUCCCGUACGCGCUGAGAAUACAACUCAAAGACUGGAGUGGCAGAACCAGUACCGCAGACUAUGCCAUGUUCAAGGUCGGACCUGAAGCUGACAAAUAUCGCCUGACCUAUGCCUAUUUUGUUGGUGGAGAUGCUGGUGAUGCCUUUGAUGGCUAUGAUUUUGGUGAUGAUCCUAGUGAUAAGUUCUUCACAUCCCAUAAUGGCAUGCAGUUCAGUACCUGGGACAAUGACAAUGAUAAGUUUGAAGGCAACUGUGCUGAACAGGAUGGAUCUGGUUGGUGGAUGAACAAGUGUCAUGCUGGCCACCUCAAUGGAAUUUAUUACCAAGGUGGCACUUAUUCAAAAGCAUCUACUCCUAAUGGUUAUGAUAAUGGCAUUAUUUGGGCCACUUGGAAGUCCCGCUGGUAUUCCAUGAAGGAAACCACCAUGAAGAUAAUUCCAUUCAACAGACUCACCAUUGGAGAAGGACAGCAACAUCACCUGGGGGGAGCCAAACAGGCUGGAGACGUUUAAAAGACCAUUUCAAAAGUGAUUUGCUUUUUUAAAGGACUUUAUCUGAACAGAGAAAUAUAUUUUUUCCUAUGGCACAAUGGACUUUGAAAGCCUCACUUCAUUUUAAGAGUAAAACCAACCCAUGUUGAAAACUCCAUUAUCAGUUUUAUUCUGGUGAUAAUUUAUCUACAUGCAUUUCAAUAAACAUUUUGUUUCCUAAGA